CCCGGCGUUGGGGUUGUGGGUACGGCCGCCAUGCGUGGACCUUCCAGCGCCUGGUGGUCUUUCGAAGCGCUUUGACAGCCCUGAGGCGCUUUGUAUUAUUGCAAACGAAAUCGAAGUGCUUUGUAGUCCCGGAAGCGCAUUGGCGUUUCCGAAGUCGCGUAGUGCAAACCGAAGCGCUUGGUGACCUCGGAAGCACGUUGUGGGCUUGGAAACCAAACCGAAGCUGUUAGUAGAUCUCGGAUCGUUUUGACUUACCCGAAGCGCUCUGGAAUUGCAAACGGAGUCGAGGCACUUUGGCAUCUCUGAAACCUUGAGAACUGUGAUGGGCAGUGGAAGGCAGAGGGAAAGGUGCCCAUGGCGUCGGAGCGGCGCAAGGUCAAGUACCACUGGAGCAGCACUUCGGAAGGGGGUCCCAGCAAGCGCAGCUGCCUCCGGGAGCCCAGUGAUGUGGCCCCCUCCAGCCGGCCAGCUCCUAGCUCUGCGUCGCGUUCUGGAGGAGCUAGCAGCCCCAAGCGCCUGAAAGCCCAGGAGGACCACCAUGUGGCCCACACGCCAAGGUUAUCCUGGGGCUCAUCCAGCCGCAGAAAUUCCUCCUCUCAUUCCUCGGGCUCAGGUGUGGACGGGGACCCCUCCAAAGGCUGCCUGAUUCGGAGCACUCGCGAGUUCCUUUUGUUGGGGGGAUCCCCUCUUCGCCCUGCCAACCCCUCUCUAGAAGAAAUGGCUUCUCUAAAGGAGGAAGCCUGCAGCCUUAAGGUUGAUUGCAAAGAUAGUUCUCGUAACUCCACGAAUUCUGAAUUUGCAGCUGAAGCUGAAGGUCAGAACGAUGCGAUAGAGGAACCAAACAUGGUCCAGAAAAGGAGGAGGGAUAGACUUCGAGACCAAGGCUCCACAAUGAUCUACCUGAAGGCUAUCCAGGGCAUCCUGGGGAAAUCGAUGCCAAAAAGGAAGGGAGAGGCUGCCACUAGGGCAAAACCAAGCUCAGGAGAGCAUCCUACCCGUGGACAAGAACCAGCCAGGAGUGUCAUGGUCACCACUCCUCAGAAAGAAUCAGCCCCAGAGGUCAGAGUGGAGGAGGAAAAGACUGUGCUAGAAAGGAGCAGCUUCUGCAACAGGAGAGUGAUUAUAGAUCCUCAAGAGAAACCCAGCAAGGAGCCACUUGGUGACCGAAGGACAGUCAUCGACAAAUGCCCUCCACCCCUAGAGUUUUUAGAUGACUCUGAUUCUGAUUUAGAAAUCCAAAAGCGUAAAGGUAGGGAGGUGGUGAUAGAGCACCCCUCUUCAGGAAGUGACUGGUCUGAUGUGGAUGAGGUCUCCACAGUCAGAUUCUCUCAGGAGGAGCCUGUCUCGCUGAAACCCUCAACAGUUCCAGAGCCACCCUCCUUCACCACUGACUAUGUCAUGUACCCGCCUCAUUUGUACAGUAGUCCUUGGUGUGACUACGCCAGCUAUUGGACCAGCAGCCCUAAGCCUUCUGGCUACCCCUCCGUGGGCAGCAGCAGCAGCAGCAGCAAUGACACAGCCCAGGCUGGGAGGAGCAGCCGGAGUCUCCUGAGUGAUUAUUCCCCCAAUUCUACAGUGAGCUCCCAAAACACCUCCAGAGACCUAGAGGCCACAGAGGAAGGCCGAUCCCAGAAUUCUCGUUCAUUUCUUUUCUCCAGAAGCUUGGAAGAAGAGGUUAAGGGGAAAAGAACAUUCCAAGAAGAGACACCACCACGUUCUUGUGGAGGACAAGCAUCCAGCUCCCUGCGAAGGAGCCACCGGGAGCCAAGCCUAGAGGAGGGUUUCAUUGAUACCCAUUGUCACUUGGACAUGCUCUAUUCCAAGCUGUCUUUCAAAGGGACCUUUUCCAAGUUCAGAAAGAUUUAUAGCAGCUCCUUCCCUAAGGAAUUUCAAGGCUGCAUCUCUGACUUCUGUGAUCCUCGGACACUGACAGAUUGCCUGUGGGAGGAGCUGUUGAAAGAGGAUCUGGUUUGGGGGGCCUUUGGCUGUCACCCUCAUUUUGCACGUUACUACAAUGAGAGCCAAGAAAGAAAUCUCUUGCAAGCCUUACGGCACCCCAAAGCUGUGGCAUUUGGGGAAAUGGGCUUGGAUUAUUCUUACAAGUGCACCACACCUGUCCCAGAGCAACACAAGGUAUUUGAGAGACAGCUGCAGCUGGCUGUUUCUCUAAAGAAGCCCUUGGUGAUUCACUGCCGAGAAGCUGAUGAAGAUCUGCUGGACAUUAUGAAGAAGUUUGUGCCCUCUGACUACAAGAUCCAUAGGCAUUGCUUCACUGGCAGCUACCCAGUCAUCGAGCCCCUCUUGAAGCAUUUUCCCAACAUGUCUGUGGGCUUCACAGCAGUCCUGACGUACUCUUCCGCCUGGGAGGCCCGGGAAGCUCUGAAACAGAUCCCGCUGGAGAGAAUCAUUGUGGAAACUGAUGCUCCCUACUUCCUCCCUCGCCAGGUUCCCAAAAGCCUCUGCCAGUAUGCCCACCCAGGUCUGGCCUUGCAUACGGUUCGAGAGAUUGCCAGGGUCAAAGAUCAGCCUCUCUCCCGCACCUUGGCCACCUUGCGUGAGAACACUAGUCGCCUCUACAGUCUUUAAGCAGAGGGCACAAUCUGGAAUCUCUCAGAAAAGGGCGAGCAGCAGCCUGACAUAAUAUAGGCUGGGUUCGAACUCUGCCUGUGUCCCAGGUCAAGAAUGUGUUUGGAGAGCCCAUUGGAACAGAGAAAACCAGGACAGGAUGUUUUCCUUGAAACCUCGUCAUAAGGCUUCAGCUUCUGGCUGGUGGGUGGGGUGAGGUUCAGUGGAGUGGGUGUGGGAUGAGGGUGAGGGGAACUGCCCAAAAUAUCUGGGUUUUGCUUCCCAGUCAGAAUGCUUCCAGGUAGUCAGUGAAGAAAGUGUGAUAUAAGGAUACAACGAGUUUGCCAAUCCAAAUCCCUCCUCUCUGCAACCUGUGUUUUUGAGCAGUCCAUGAAUAAAGUCACCCUCCUACUUGUGGGUGUGUAACUCAGUUCCUGGUUCUCAGUUCUGAAAAUGAACUCCCAAGUGGGAAAUCUCUUGGGAGAAAUUGACUGGAGACCUGUCUCAGAGAUUCAUUUUCUUGCAACCAGUGAAGUCAUCCUCUUUCCUUCCUGGAUAACUCUUCAAUUUGGCUGUCACUGUUCUGGUGUCAACUCCAGCAUCGUCACAGACAGAAGGACUUUGGUGGCUGGUCUUAUUGGUUCCACUGCCAUCAGUAUGGAGGUGUGCAGAGGGUCGCUUAUUGUCCGUGGAAAGUCCUGGCUGGAGAUCCAGGACAGAUUGGGGGACUCCAGGAAGAGGCCUUCUUGAGGAAGAGGACCCCAAAGGAGGUAUUUCCUACUUACUGAUGCCCCCAAUUUGCAGCAGAUGCUACCUGUUAGUCUGGUAUCAAGGAGUCCCAGCUUCUCUUUGCACCAUUUGUGCCCCCUUCUCCUGGCACACCUGACCAAAAGUAAUCCUUCUGUUUCAUCCCAUGUAACAGCCCCUUGUGUGCCCCACCCAGAUUGAGAGGUAAAUAAAUUUGAUUAUCCAAGCUCUGCUGGGGCCACUCAACCACGUUACAUUGCCUAUGCAGAACAAGCAGGCCUGGUAUCUCACUUGCCUUUGCCUCUUAUGUGUCCUAUUUUUCUCUGUGUUUUAGAAGUGAGAACCUCUCCUUUCACUUUUGAUCAACCGUGUCAUCUCAAGUUGAGCUCUGCUCUGCUGCCUGUUUGUGCUUUGUAAAGGUAUAUUUAUUACAGGCCCUAGGGGUUAAACUGGUUCAGGGUUAAGUGUAAAGAGACUGCGCUUGGUCCAAAAGGAUCCUUCGCCCUAAUCUCCCACAGUGAGACAGAUAGACUACUCCAAAUUCCUUGUCUGUUUCUUGGAGGCUUAAAUUGUAAAAUCCAUCAUUUAUGGUGGGUUCCAUCACUUAUAGUUAUUUAUGGAAGGCACAUUUGAACCUUGUAAGCUAAAAUGGAGAAAUGAAGUGGAUUUAAUAUUUCCUAUCUGGUAUUUCCAUUUGGCCCCUGGUACAUAAGUAGCUGGCCUAGGAAGUAGGCCUUGAUUCACUGUCCAUCUUCCAUGGAGCAGCUGUGCUGUUAGGUUGUCUAUGUCUCAAAUUUGCCAAUGGGGAAUCAGGGGGAUCUUGAUCUCCUGCUUGGAAGAUUUGGGGAACUGCUAAGUAUAUCUCCAAAUGCUUUAUUGUCACCCAAGUGAACUGCAGCAUAGCUAUCUUCUCUACCACAAGCCUUGUUCGUCAGUUCUGCCUACAUGUGAACCAACUAGCCCUGCAUUAGACUAUUAAAAGCGAUGACCAAAUGGAUGCCUCCAAGCCUGUGCAGUCUGUCUGCCAAGGAAAAGCACAAGGUGCUAUUUACUUUUAUCUCUAGGAUUUAGGAUUAUCAUUUAUGUGCUGUUACACAGUGAAACCUUACCUGUGUGGGCAUGAAAGCUGGUUGGCAUUAUUCUUGAUUUAGUUUUUUGGAUGGUUGAUUUGAUUGUUUUUGCUGUGCUGUGUCUGUAUCUCUUCCCUUCUUUGGCCAUCUCUGUGGAAAUAAAGUGAUAGAUCCUCUAGCCAA